AUGACAGUCGGUCUCACCGAGGACCGUCUUGGGCCCGGUGCUGACGACGGGUCCGGCAGCUCCACCACCUCAGCAACCAUCGCCGCUACCGAGCAAACACCCCUUCUCGCGUCCGACACAUCCUCAGUCACCAUCGCCCGUCACAUCUCCCUUGAACGAGAGUCAACAGUCCAUAAUGAGCCCUCAGAGGAAGAUGAACACCCUCCCCUGGGCUGGAAAAGAGGCACAGCCAUCAUCUUAUCCAUGUGGGCUCUUAUCUUCCUCCAAGCAGCCAACAUGUCUGGCAUCAGCACCACUCAAUCUUCCAUUGCUGAGGACCUGGAUGCCUACCAAAACGCCAUGUGGUUUACGUCUUCGUACAUGAUUAGCGUGUCCUCCACCGCUCCUCUUGUUGGUCGUCUGUCCAUGAUAUUCUCGCCUGGGGUGAUGGUGCUCAUAUGCUCGACGUGGUUUGCCAUUGGGGCGGUUAUUGUUUCGGUUGCGCCUACAUUCGGGGUGUUUAUCCUAGGCAGAGUGUUGUGUGGUGUUGGGAGCGGUGGGAUCAUGACACUGUGUAUGAUACUGGUUAUCCAGCUCACCUCCAAGAAGAAAAGGGGGCUGUGGAUCGGACUAGUAAACGCGGGCUUCACCAUAGGAGUCUCAACAGGCGCAGUGGUAUUCGGUGCACUCCUCCCAGUCAUAGGAUGGGUAAGCUCCCCCUCCCCUAUUCAACCAUCCCUUCCAGAACUAACCUUUCCCCUCCCCCAGCGCCUCCUCUUCGGAUCUCAAGCCCCCCUCUCCUUCCUCGCCGGCCUGGGCGUAUUCCUCAGCAUCCCCCACCGCCCCUCCACUCACCACUCCCGCGACAAAUCCCUCCUCACCAAACUCUCCAGCAUCGACUACCUCGGCGCCCUCACCCUCACCGCCACCAUCACCUCCCUGUUAUACGCCCUCUCAACCUACACCCGUGCCCCCCUAGCUCUAUCCCUCCUCUCCCUCUCCCUCUUCCUACUAAUCGAAUCCCGCCACCCCGACCCCAUCAUCCCUCUCCCCAUCCUCUCCUCCCGCGGCGUCUUACUAUCUUGCCUGUCCCAACUAGGCUUCAUGGCCUCGCGGUGGACAGUCCUCUUCUACGCCCCCAUCUUCAUCCUGGCCGUCCGCGGCCUCUCCCCCGCCCUCGCCGGCUCCGUCCUCAUCCCCACCAACCUCGGCUUCGGCAUCGGGGGUCUGCUCGUAGGCUGGCUGCACAUCAAGCGCUCCGGCUCCUUCUGGCUGCCCUGCCUCUUAUCCCUCUUCAUCUUUGGCUGCUCCCUCUUUGAACUCUCGUUCGUGAGCAACCACGAGACGAGAUACGGGGUUUAUAUCGCCGUGGUCUUCAUCAACGGGUUGUGUACCGGCGCAGCGGUGAACUACACGCUCGCUCACCUGUUGCAUCUCGCACCGGCAAAAGACCAUUUUAUCGUUACAAGUUUGCUGGCUACGUUUAGGGGUUUCGCGGGGAGUUUUGGGACGGGGAUUGGGGGCGGGGUUUUCAACCGGGUUCUGAGAGGUAGUUUAACACGGGGCUUUCUGGAGCUGGGGCAUGGGGAGUUCACGGACCGGAGGGAGAAGUUGAUUACCGUUUUGGUGGGCAGUCCGGCCGCUGUCUGGCAAGAAGGGGUACUCAGCAAGAUGGAACGGGGGGUUGCUGUGGGCGGGUAUGAGAUGGCGCUGAGAAAGUUGUACAUGGGUGCCGCUGGGGUGACGGUGGUGGUGUUGAUUUUGCAGUGGGCCACAGGCUGGAAGGGGGUGGAAGACGAGACAAAGACAGAUGAGGAGGGGAUUAGAGAGGCCAUGGUGGAGGCUGAUCCCGCCAUGGAGGCUUAA